AUGACCCCUCGUGAGCAGCUGAGGAAGAUAUCAGCACUGGGAGAGCAGGGAGCCCUGGAUGAGAAGCACUGGUACCGCCUGGUCAAUAGCAUGUCUGCUGGAGAGCUGAGACAGAGGCAGGAAAUGAUGAUGAGGAAUCAGAUGGCUAUGGCUCCUCAGAUCCUGGUCCAAGGCCAGCAACGUCUACAGGGAGUUCCCCCUCAGUUUGAGCCACGCUUCAUGGAGAGGGAGCUCGUCCCCCCUGCAGAGAUGGUGUCCUCUGAUGCCAGACAAAUCCACAUGGGUGCUCAUCUCGGACCCCCCAUGACCCCACAUUCUAAUGUUAUACCCGGUCGAGGAUUUCCCGGCACAGGCUACAGCUUCCUGCCAACUGAGCCCAUGGAGUCUGUUGCUAGGCGACAGGAGCUCCUUCACAAGCAGAACAUAGCCAGGAUGGAGAUGAAUGCAAUUUUGCACCAGAAGGAACUGGAGAACGCCCAUCAGAAGGGUCUUAUUGGCAUGGAUAACCCAAUGAUAUACCAGGGCAUCCAACCAAACCCCAUGUCAUUCAGAGGGCGACAGCGUCUCCCUGAUGGCCAUGACGUCUUUGUACACCGCACCACACUAGAGGACCUGCAGGCUAACAGUCUUCUCAUGUCUGCCAGCCCCUACCCACCAAUCAGCACGCUUCAGAGGGAGAGGGGACGCAGGGCUGGCAGAAGGGCAACCAAUCACAAGAAUUCAGACAAUAACGCCUCUGGGCUAAAGGGCCAACUGGAUGAGAAGAACGUGGAGCAGAGUCCAGGGGCAGCCUCAGGUGAAGAGAAGGAAACGGAGGUGAAAGGUGAAAUGGGUGGAGAGCCCACCACUAGUAAACCUCACCAACCCAAAAUGGACACCGACCUGUCGAUGGGCGCAGGUAGGAAAAGUUACAAGGAGAGUGAGCAGGGGAUUCGUAAGGCAUGCAUCACUGGACAGGAGAGCUGCACUGAGGGGACAAACUGCAACACCAGCGCCGGCGAAAAAGACAUGACUAACCCUUGCUCCACAUUCCAAGACAAGUUUUUAUAUCCGUCCACAGCUGGUCCCUUAACGGGAAUGCCCUACAUGUUCCCGGUCCCAGGAAAUGGACUUCUGCCCCCUGGGCCUCAUAAUAUGUUCCUAAACUCAGAGGAAAUGUCUUCUCUUGAAGACCUUAGGAAAUGGACAGUCGAUGACGUCUUCAACUUUGUUAAUGACAUCCCAAGCUGUUCUGAAUACGCUCAGACAUUUAAGGAUCAUAUGAUUGACGGGGAGACAUUGCCCCUCCUCACUGAGGAUCAUCUUCUGGACACUCUUGGUCUGAAACUGGGCCCAGCACUGAAGAUAAGAUCACAGGUAUCCAGACGCCUGGGCAGCAUGUUCUGCAUGAUGAACCUCCCUCCCCUGGCAGCUCCCACCCUGCAGCCUGCCCAAGAGAAGAGCGUCGAUCGAUCAUCUGAGAUCAGUUCACCCCUCAACUGCAACAGCGUAGAACUUCUGGGCAGCCCGUGCACUAGAGACACAGAGGUCAUGAAAGGAGCAGACGUCUCUGCCGAGACAGAUAAUCCCUCUCCGACAGCCAUAAAUGAGACUGCCUGAACAGUCGGUACGGCGACGGCUGCUGUCCUGGAUUUAACCGAACAAAACCCGUUCAAACUCUCAGAUGAUUUUCUCAUUUCUUCCAGAUUCCAAAGUCACACCUGGUCAUCUGUAUCGAUCUGAAGUACACA